CUCUCUCUUCCUCUAAGAACGAGGAGAAAGAAAACAGGUAGAUGUAAUGGAAUAGUUAUGCUCCCAACUGCCACGAGACCAACCAUUUGCGCCCACCCAAUUUUCUCUCUACUCCAUCUCUGCAAUUCCAUGAGAGAUUUCAAACUACUUCACGCCCAAAUCAUUACCUCGGGCCUCUCUCAAGACUCUCUCUCUGCCCAGCAACUCAUCACUUUCUGUGCUCUCUCUCCCUCUGGCGAUCUCGGCCAUGCGAGCCGCCUCUUCGAAAGCAUAGACCAGCCUUCUCUUCACAUUUACAACACCAUCAUCAGAGCCUACUCCAAAAGCAAAACACCAAGGCUUUCUCUCUCUACAUUUGCUAUAAUGCUUCAAAGAGGCGUCGCCCCCGACCAUUACACGUACCCUUUUCUCAUCAAAGCUUGCUCCCACCUUCAAUGGGUUCAUCAAGGAGAGGUCCUGCAUUCUCAAGUGAUCAAAUACGGCUUAGAAUUUGAUGCGUUUGUGUCCAAUUCUCUUGUGCACAUGUAUGCAUCAUGCCAGGCCAUUUGGCCGGCUCGAAAAGUGUUCGAUGAAAUGCCUCAAAGAACAUUGGUCUCUUUUAACACCAUGCUGGAUGGGUAUGCUAAGUGUGGGAAGAUACAGGAAGCAAAGGCAUUGUUUGCGGUAAUGACCGAGCAUGAUAUAGUCACGUGGAGCGCCAUGAUAGAUGGGCUCGUCCAUGCCGGAGAGUACAGAGAGGCCCUAUCUGUGUUCGAUAGGAUGCAAGCCUCAAAUGUGAGAGCAAACGAUGUGACCAUAGUUAGUGCGUUGGGUGCAUGUGCACAUCUUGGUGCUCUAGCCACAGGCACUGCAAUGCACACAUACAUUGGUGACCAUGGCUUCAAGCUCAAUGUGGUGUUGGGCACUGCCUUGGUGGACAUGUAUGCAAAGUGCGGGGCACCGAAUGAGGCCUUGCGAGUGUUCCGCGUGGUGCCUAAUGCCGAUCUGCUCACGUGGAACGCCGUGAUCAAUGGGAUGGCCAUGAAUGGGAUGAGUGAGAAAGCACUAGGCCUCUUCGGAGAGAUGGAGAGAGCUGGGGUGAGGCCAGAUGAAAUAACUUACCUUGGAUUGCUAUGUGCUUGCACUCAUGGUGGCUUUGUUGAAGAUGGGUGGAGGUUCUUCAAUGCUCUUAGUGAGAGAGGAAUGAGUGCUAAGGUUGAGCACUGUGCUUGCAUGGUUGAUCUUUUGGGGAGAGCUGGGAAGGUCAUGGAGGCAUAUGAAUUCAUAAGUUCUAUGCCUUUUGAGCCAACAAGUUCAAUGCUUGGUGCAUUGCUAAGUGCUUGUAAGAUGCAUGGCUAUGUUGGCUUAGGAGAAAGAGUGGGGAAGAGGCUUAUAGAGUUAGAGCCCAACCACGAUGGGCGAUACAUUGGCUUGUCGAAUGUUUAUGCGGCUGCGAGCCGGUGGGACGAGGCCCGGAAGGCCCGAGAGAUGAUGGAGAUGAGGGGGGUGAAGAAGGUGCCAGGGUUUAGCUCUGUUGAGGUUGAUGGGGCCAUUCAUAGAUUCAUUGCUCAUGAUAGGACACACCCUUGCUCAAAAGAGGUAUACUUGAUGUUGAAUGAUCUGGGGAGACAAAUAAAGUUGCAAGAUUGUUUGGAGACAGUUUUGGAUACAGAUGAGGAAGGAUGAGUUCCAUGAUAUCCAUCUCUCUAACUUACGUAAUGGCAUCUUUCUCUCUGGCUUUCUCAACCGGAAAACCAGCCAUGUAAAAGGAAAAGCAUAGAAAGAGGCCAUUUACUUAUAAUUUACAGUACAAGGAGGUCGUAACCAUUUUUGUCCAUUAAAUUUCAAAUCAAAUCAUUAUAAUAUACUUGUAACUAAA